GUUAGUGAGUGCGCGAAGUGCCAAUGAAUGUGACUGUCCAGGAGAGCCAAACUGGGCUGUAUGUGAACGCUUUGUUGUCCUACGUGGAAUCUUGGCUAGCCGACGCGCUGGAGCACCUCGUGAUCUCCCUCUUCCUCUACCUCAUCGUCUGCCUGUGUCUCUACCGAUGGAUCUUCCGCCCAGUGAGCUUGAAGCUGCGAUCAGCGCACUUCCCGGAGCGCCACAAGCGGGUUCUCCUUGUCCUGGCGCAUCCGGACGAUGAGUGCAUGUUCUUCGGGCCGACGAUUCUCUCCCUCUGCCGCAGAGCUGACUGCCAAGUGUACCUCCUCUGUCUCUCCAUAGGAGAUCACGAGCAGAAAGGACGCAUCCGGAGGGAAGAACUUUUCCGCUCGUGUCAUAUUCUCAACAUGCGUCCGGAGAACAUUACGAUCAUGAACCUCACGGAGCUACCGGACGAUCCGGGCGUGGAGUGGAAGGUGGGCACGAUCGCGCGACAGAUUGAGCAGAUGGUGGACGCGCUGGAGAUCGAGGCGCUCAUCACAUUCGACCGCGACGGAGUGAGCCAGCAUCCCAACCACACAGCCAUCUUCUACGCCGCCUCCUCGCUCUGUCUCGCCGGAAUGAUGCCAAAUGAUUGCAAAUUUUACACGUUGGAGUCGACAAAUCUGCUGCGAAAGUACAUGCUAGUCCUCGACCUGCCCAUCACGCUGCUCCUGUCCAGGAACUGGUUCGUGCUGCGCUGGUGCGACCGCAGGAUCGUGAUGAGGGCCAUGCAAGAGCACCGGUCGCAGUUCGUGUGGUUCCGGAAGCUCUACAUCCUCUUCUCGCGCUACAUGCUGAUGAAUUCCCUUCGCGAGCUCAGCGUCGCGGACAUUGAGCUGGAAAUGCAACUCGACGACUCAUAAUGCACGGUAUUUUCUGUAGUUUCUCCGUGAAAUGUUAUAUUUUCUCAUGCAAAUACAAUUUCCC